AGGUUAAAGCCAAGAGUUUGCUUCAGGGUUAACGAAAUUAUCAAGAAACAAAAGCAAUAUGCGUCUUGCAAGAAAUUAAGGUUAAGGUGAGCUCUCUAUCGAAAAGUUGUUGUCAAUGUACAAUCUCCAUUCUUGAUAUUUAAGAAGUCGACGUCAACCCUCUUAGUUCACCUUUAACUUACCUUUUUCAACUAACCAACCUAAAAAAACCCUAAAACCUAAAACCUAAAAUUUAUGUGCCUUUAACUUUUACGUUUACGCGCGGCCUUCAAUACAUUGCCUCUAUUUUUUUUACGCGAGUAAAAAAUACGUGUGUACUUACCUGACUUACGUCAAUUUUACCAAAGCCGUAGCUAGCGUUUUGGAGCCUCCAAACUUGAAAGUUUUCUGGGCGAUGACACCCCGAGACCCCCCUAAAAGGCUCGUGCCUUCGGCACCCGCGGUAAUGCCCCCCCCGCCCAAUAGCUACGGCCCCGUUCAGGCGUCAGCGGAAACCCACCUUAUAGAGGUUGCUUGGUUACAUUGACCGCGAGGUCAUUCUGCGAACGCGAAAAGGAGAAAAGAAAGUAAGGGACUGUACAUGUUACUUCCCUUUCUCUCCCUGUUAAAACAGGAGAGUGAUACCUGCAGAGGAGAUCACACAAUACCGGACGAAUUUUUCGACCGCCUGAAAAAUUUGACCGGACACUUGUUUGAUUUCUUUGUAAGGUUAAGGUAGUUCCGUGUGAACAGAAAACCUAAACGCGUAAAUUUGAAAAAUCGUCCGACGCAGUGUGGUGAUACCCGCGAUGAACAGGAAAGCGCGCGCAUCCCUUACCUAGUUCCCGGGACAAGCUGAGAGGCUGUAAUGAAAGAUUUUGUUCGUUCUACGUAUUGGGGUCAUUAAAAAGGAAGUUCAUAUUGACAACAAGUUUAUGUCUGCAACAAUUGUUCUGAAAGGUUUGGCAAAAUUUAUAAAAAAAUUGUAUCUUGUUUACACUAUGGGAGGUCUGAAAACAGGCCUACCGUUCGGUUAAUAACUUGGUUAAUCCUUGCAAUGGGCAGAGGGGUUGUAGCAGCGAACUUCGUUAUCGGACUUCGUAUACCAAAGAAGCUUAGAUGAAGUUUCUUCCAUUGGCUUAUUCAUUCAGAGAUAUUUUCGAUAACGAUAACUUGGAAGUUGAUUGACUUUUAUUGACACAAUCAGUGUGCGAUACGAUACAGUCUCUUUGUGAAUAUUUCAUGACUUAUUCGACUUUAAUGGUGGACAUGUUCUUAAAACGUACCCGGGGGGUACUCCCUACAGUGGCCUAUACGGGGAAGCUCCGCCGAAAAAGAAAACCUUAUUUAGGCUUCAGGUAUAUAAAAGAGUGAGGAUUUACUUGCUGAAGUAUAUGAAAGGGUAGGGAAAUCUAUCAUUUCGGUAGACUGCAAAACAGUCCGUAUUUUUGCGUAUUCAAGUACGCGCGAGCAGUCAAACAAAAGGUCUGGAAUGAGGCCGAAAACAGAGAGCGGGACUGGGGAGAGACGCUAAAAAUACGGUUUUUUUUCUCUCGCCUCACACGCCCAACGGGCAUGUGAGACUCGCGCGCUUCGCGCGCGUAAGACUCUUACGCUACGCUUUACCGAUUUCUUUACUGAUUUUGAGAAAAAAACCCGACUGUUUUGCAGUCUAUCAUUUCGGUCUUUCAAAAGGCCCGAAGGCCUAACAGAUGCAUUUUAUGGCUGUGCAAAAAUCGAGAAAACGUUCUAGUUUUGCGAUUUAUUCAUAUUUAAAGGACAUUGGAUUACAGCAGUUAAAAUGUAUGCAAAGUACGCCUACGCGUAUAAACCUUUCUUGAGUACUCCCCCCUUCCCAAUGAUGAUAAACUUUCUACCAGGUGAUCAGUUACUUCUUUGUUGUAGUUCAAUGAGCGCCAACAAUACCAGCUGAAAAUUCACAUAUAUUUUUUUGUCCUCAGUUUUCAGUCAACCUAUUCAUCUUUAUCUCCCCUCAACCGCUGCUUUUGACUUUUUCUUUCCACAGCUGAAAGCAAGGGUUUUAUUUCAGCGUUAACAAAAGUAUCAAGAAAUUAAGGUUAAGGUGAGCACUCUAUCGAAGAAUUGUUGUCAAUGUACAAUCUCCAUUCUUGAUAUUUAAGGAGUCGACGUCAACUCUCCUAGUUCACCUCCUAACUUUCCUUUUUCAAAUAUCCAAAUUUUAUUUUAUUUUAUUUUUUUUCUGAAGGGAGGAGAAAUUAAUAAAGAGAAUUAAAAGAAAACAAUGUUCUCCAGGAGGAUCCCUUCAGCCGAGUGCAGCACAUGGUAUGCUGUAUCCCUUACUAUAAAUGUUGCUGUGGUCUCAGUGAACCUCCUAUCAAUUAUUGUUUUUAUAAAGAACAGUAAUCUUCGGACUCGUGCCAUGUACUUGGCUAUAAACUUGACGGUUGUUGAUAUGUUUGUUGGAGGAAGUGCCACUUCCGUUAUAGUAUUGCUUUUCCUCCUCUACGGUUGCGGAGCUGGAAGUACAGUUUUCAUCUUUAUUGCUGCGCGGGAAUGGCCACCUAUUUUGCUUGUGUUUUUCAUGAUCGACACCUGGGUUUCUCUCACCUCUUUAACCGGCAUUGCAGUAAUUUCGUUAGAUAGGAUGCAUGCGACGUUUCGUCCAUUCAGGCAUCGCAACACUGAAAAAUGGGUCUACGGGGUAACAAUUGCGGGCGUCUGGAUUUUAUCUGCGAUGAUAUUUAUUCCCUCUCCGAUAAUACGUCUCUAUGGGAACUUGCAUCAACAGUGGCAAUUGGUAUUUGCUUUCUACUUAUGGCUGUCAUAUGGUCUCCUUUGCCUUUUUGUUAUCUUUGUUUCUUACACCUCCAUUGCUUUAAAAUUUUGGUGUGGAACCCGUCCUCCGUCCCAUGGUGCGGCCAAUAGACAAAGAAAACUGACUGUGACAUUAUUCAUAAUGACCAUUGUAUCUUUGCUGCUGUUUUUACCAUUUCCGGUAUAUACUUUAUCUACAGAUAGGUCUUUCAACCUGACAUUUUUACGCUUGAGAUUAUCUUUUACUCUUCUACACCACACAAACUCGCUUGUUAAUCCCAUAAUUUACACAAUCAGAAUUCCAGAGUUCAGAAGAGCUCUCCUGAUAUUAUUUAAACGUCGACAAAGACAAAAUGUUGCUAUUCCUCCUCAAGCCCGUUAAAACCAAAAGGGAAUUCCUGGGACGUCCGCACAUUUUUAUCGAUUGUUUAAACACCAACAACAUGGUCCCCCGCGCGACUGCCUCAAAGCAACAAUGCAGAAGAUUGUUAUGGCGACUGUUGAAUUUCGUCGUGAAAACACUGAAUAAAAGUUUGCGGAGCUCUCCGGACACCAAAUUUUAAGAGUUUAAUUGGAUUAAAAAUAACUUUGAUGAAAUUCACAUGUCCCAACUAGAACCAUAAUAGGACUUAGUACCAAUCAAGGGCGUGACUGGGCGCUCUUUGUCCUUUUUAGGUAACACUUGAUUUUAAGUUCAUAAUGGUAACAAGCGUGAAAAAACAAGAGGGAGGAGGGAGAAAUGUGCUUUAAAUAAGGGAGAAGGGACAAAAUAACUUUUAAGUUUUGUUAUUGACUUUAAUUAAUUAAGACCUUUUCUUUUACUUUUGUGGUUGUUGUACGUGGCCACAAGUUUUGCCUCUUUGAGCUACGUAAUUGCUGCGGUAUGUGCAAAUGAAGUUCCAGCAAUGAGGUUGUACAUAUUAGGGCUAGCUAUGAUCACACUAUACUGGAUAGCUUUUGUGCCGCCACGAAAAUCAUACCAGAUAGGGAUUCGGUUGACACACGUGAACGGUGAUUUUGACGCGAUUUCAAUGACGGAGCGCUCACAGGUGUUUAUACUUUGCGGGAAGGUUUGUCGUGUCGGCUUACUUUUGACUGCUUUUAAUUUGUUUGCCAUCUUUGUAUGUAUUAUUUAGCAAUCCUUUUGAGAUGAAAUAGUCAGGGGACGUAUUUGAAGCUGUUUAAAUCACUUACAGCAAGUGUUUUAAAAAUUGAACCACUAUUCAGCCAGCAUAAAGUAUGCUUCAUAAACCGGCAAUUUCCGAGUUCCAAAAGCUCUCACUUUUCAAGCAAGCGAGGC